AACAAGAAUUGAUGAAUCAUCAAUCAGCGAACCCCACUUAUUACUUACUUGAAAGCCAUUCAUCAAAAAGCCAACAGCCCCAAAAAAGAGUGGAUUACAUGUAGAGGCUCACAAAUACUAUUUACCCUUCCUUUCGCACCAUCUAGCUAGCUGCUUUCACAACCACAAACCAACCAACCAAAGCAAUAGACAACGAUGGAACCCAGCAUGUUUUCCAGCAGCACCACGAUGAACAGCGCUCUGUUCAUGGAGUCUUCGUUUGCCAAGCACGCCAGUAGCUCUCCUUCGAACAUGUCGCUGUUAUCGGUCUUGGUGAAUCACAGCGCCGCUCCUUCAUUCUCCAAGCAGCAACAGCAACAAGAACAAGACUAUUUGGAUGAACACGAUGAUGACUUUCCCAGCACCUCGUUGGACUCACCCGUCUGUGUCAUGAGCAACCUCCCCACCAGCGCCUUUUCACCAAUCCCGGAUCUCGGCGGCCACUACGAAGAGGCUACCCAGCGCAUGCUGCAUCGCAUUCAAUCGGCACGUCAGGAUCUGCAACAACAAACGCAACCGUCGUUCUUGCUGCCCGACAACUUGGAAGACUCUUCCAGAGGGUUUACGCUGCAGCCUCGAAGAACCAGUAUGGGGCAACAACUGCAAGAGCAACAAGACUGUUUAGAAGAAACAGAAGAUGACGACAUCUUUGAGAUGGAUCUGUAGGGAUGAUGAUAACGAGUGUGUGGGGCUUCAAAGAGAUGGCGCCGUCAACAAACAAAAGAACAGGGCAAGAUACCAGCUAGACAGACACCAAACAGCAGCUAGACAGGACUACAACAGAAUCCAUAGAAACCUAUAGAAAAACUACUAUUAAGAGACGGUUCGCGGAAGAA